UCGGUUGCACGGAUGUGUGCUUGGAGGGAGUGACACGUGCCGAAAAUAAAAAUAAAAACAAUAAAAUAAAAUAAAAAGACAUUUAAAAAACGCGCACAUCCAGGAGUUCAACUUUCUUUUUCUUAGCUUUUUUUUUUCCUUAUUAAAACCGCACGUCCUUUUUUUUAAAAGGAGGAAUUUCAUUUCUUCAGUUUUUACUUGAACUAGAAAUAAAUCCGCAUCUUGGCAACAAUGGGAAGAGGGGACGGAAGAGAGCAGUAUGAGCUGGCUGCGACCUCGGAACAGGGCGGCAAGAAGAAGGGGAAGGGGAAAGGGAAGAAGGAGAAGGAUAUGGAUGAACUGAAGAAGGAAGUGGAUAUGGAUGAUCACAAGCUGACGCUGGAUGAGCUCAAUCGCAAAUAUGGAACAGACCUCACUAACGGUCUGUCUAGUGCAAAAGCUGCUGAGAUUCUAGCCCGCGAUGGGCCCAAUGCCCUUACUCCUCCUCCCACCACCCCAGAGUGGGUGAAAUUCUGUAAACAGAUGUUUGGUGGAUUCUCCAUGCUGCUGUGGACCGGUGCCAUCCUCUGCUUCCUGGCUUAUGGUAUUCAGGCUGCAAUGGAGGAGGAGCCUGCAAAUGAUAACUUGUACUUAGGUGUUGUGCUGUCUGCUGUCGUCAUCAUCACUGGUUGCUUCUCCUACUAUCAAGAGGCCAAGAGCUCUAAGAUCAUGGACUCCUUCAAGAACCUGGUCCCUCAGCAAGCCCUGGUCGUUCGUGACGGUGAGAAAAAGAGCCUCAACGCUGAGGACGUGGUCGUCGGCGAUUUAGUGGAGGUGAAAGGAGGCGACAGGAUUCCUGCUGAUCUGAGAAUCAUCUCCGCUCACGGCUGCAAGGUGGACAACUCCUCCCUGACUGGUGAAUCAGAACCUCAGACCCGUACUCCAGACUUCUCCAAUGAGAAUCCUUUAGAGACCAGGAACAUUGCUUUUUUUUCUACCAACUGUGUUGAAGGAACUGCCCGUGGUAUAGUGAUCAGCACCGGAGACCGUACCGUCAUGGGUCGUAUCGCUACACUAGCCUCUGGACUGGAAGUUGGACGCACCCCUAUUUCCAUCGAAAUCGAACAUUUUAUCCACAUCAUCACCGGCGUGGCAGUAUUCCUUGGUGUGUCUUUUUUUGUCCUGUCCCUGAUCCUUGGAUACACCUGGCUGGAGGCCGUCAUUUUCCUGAUUGGUAUCAUUGUCGCCAACGUGCCAGAAGGUCUCCUGGCUACUGUCACCGUGUGUCUGACCCUGACCGCCAAGCGUAUGGCCAAGAAGAACUGCCUGGUGAAGAACCUGGAAGCCGUGGAGACGCUGGGCUCCACUUCCACCAUCUGCUCAGACAAGACCGGCACCCUGACCCAGAACAGAAUGACCGUGGCCCACAUGUGGUUCGACAACCAGAUCCACGAGGCCGACACCACGGAGAACCAGAGCGGCACCUCGUUCGACAGAAGCUCUGCCACCUGGGCGGCUCUGGCCAGAAUCGCUGGACUCUGCAACCGUGCCGUCUUCCUGGCAGAACAGAGCAACAUUCCCAUUCUGAAGCGAGAUGUGGCCGGUGAUGCCUCGGAGUCGGCUCUGCUGAAGUGCAUCGAGCUUUGCUGUGGAUCAGUCCAGGAAAUGAGAGAGAAAAGCCCUAAAAUCUCAGAGAUUCCGUUCAACUCCACCAACAAAUACCAGCUUUCCAUUCACAAGAAUACUGCACCUGAUGCAGAAUCAAAGCACCUGCUGGUGAUGAAAGGAGCCCCAGAGAGGAUUUUGGACCGCUGCUCCACCAUCAUGAUGCAGGGCAAAGAGCAGCCUCUGGACGACGAGAUGAAAGAUGCUUUCCAGAAUGCCUACCUUGAAUUGGGAGGUCUCGGAGAGAGAGUGCUUGGUUUUUGCCACUUCAACCUGCCUGACGAGCAGUUCCCUGAGGACUUUCAGUUUGACACUGAUGAAGUGAACUUCCCCAUCCAGGACCUGUGCUUUAUUGGCCUUAUGUCUAUGAUUGACCCCCCUCGUGCUGCAGUGCCCGAUGCCGUGGGCAAAUGCAGGAGUGCUGGAAUUAAGGUAAUCAUGGUGACAGGUGAUCAUCCAAUCACUGCUAAGGCCAUCGCUAAGGGUGUGGGAAUCAUCUCUGAGGGUAACGAGACUGUCGAGGACAUCGCUGCUCGUUUGAACAUCCCAAUCAAUGAAGUCAAUCCAAGAGAUGCCAAGGCUUGUGUUGUGCAUGGUGGUGACCUGAAGGAUCUGACAGCAGAGCAACUUGAUGACAUCUUAAAGUACCACACUGAGAUUGUUUUUGCCAGAACAUCUCCACAACAGAAACUCAUUAUCGUGGAGGGCUGCCAAAGACAGGGAGCCAUCGUGGCCGUCACAGGUGACGGUGUGAACGACUCCCCGGCUCUGAAGAAAGCAGACAUCGGUGUCGCCAUGGGAAUCGCUGGGUCCGACGUGUCCAAGCAGGCUGCCGACAUGAUCCUGCUGGACGACAACUUUGCCUCCAUCGUUACUGGAGUGGAAGAAGGCCGUCUGAUCUUCGACAACUUGAAGAAGUCCAUCGCCUACACUCUGACCAGCAACAUCCCUGAGAUCACCCCCUUCCUGCUCUUCAUCUGCGCCAGUAUUCCUCUGCCUCUGGGAACUGUCACCAUCCUUUGUAUUGAUCUGGGAACUGACAUGGUUCCUGCCAUCUCUUUGGCCUAUGAAGCAGCUGAGAGCGACAUCAUGAAGAGACAGCCCCGAAACCCCAAAACCGACAAACUGGUGAAUGAGAGGCUCAUCAGCAUCGCGUAUGGACAAAUUGGAAUGAUCCAAGCACUGGCUGGCUUCUUCACCUACUUUGUCAUCUUGGCUGAAAACGGCUUCCUGCCUUCCACCCUCGUUGGCAUCCGAGUAAACUGGGACAACAAAUACAUGAAUGAUCUUGAGGACAGCUAUGGACAGCAGUGGACUUAUGAGCAGAGGAAGAUUGUGGAGUUCACCUGCCAUACGGCCUUCUUUGUUAGCAUAGUCAUUGUGCAGUGGGCCGAUCUGAUCAUCUGUAAGACCAGGAGGAACUCAGUCUUCCAGCAGGGCAUGAAGAAUAAGAUCCUGAUCUUUGGGCUGUUUGAGGAGACCGCCCUCGCUGCCUUCCUCUCCUACUGCCCAGGCAUGGACGUUGCCCUCAGAAUGUACCCUCUCAAGCCCAACUGGUGGUUCUGCGCCUUCCCAUACUCCCUGCUCAUCUUUAUCUAUGAUGAAAUCCGUAAGCUGAUCCUCAGACGCAGCCCAGGAGGAUGGGUGGAACGGGAGACCUAUUAUUAAAGAGACCCGUCUGCUCACAUCCUCUCCUCCUCCACUCUCCCGUCUUUGCAUGAAUAUUGUCUUGCUGCUCGGAAUAAGAAAAAAAUUUAACCUCUGUGACAAAUAAAUUGGAACGUGUUUUUUUACAUUAGGGAAUGCUUGAUACUACUAUUAGAGAAAUACUGAGAUGGAACGUGCUGAUGAUGUUGAUGAUGAUAAAUGAUAAUGCUAAUAAUGACAUGAACACUGAACAUUGACAUGACUAUGCGUGCCUUGUUUCUGAAACAGGACCAAUUUUAUACAUGUUUUUAACAGUUAUGAUCGUUCAAUAAAAAUGCGCUCGAGUCAGGUCCCAAAACUGA